GCUACAAAAUGUGUUUCUUAUUCGACCCCCGUAUAAUACACCCAUCUCUCAAUUUGGUAUAUCAAAUGAUGCACAAACUUUAACCACUGUGGGAAAACAUGACAAAAUGGCAAGUUUCUACGGCUCACUGGGAGACAUUUCAAGAUAUUCAUACAUCAUUUGUUGAUGUAGACGUGUCCGUCAGCGUGCAGGGACACAAUAGCGAAAGAGGCAUGCGAGGAGCAUGUGAUGCUCGCACAAGGGGGGGUGUGGCCCCUCAGGUACUCACGGCGGAGGUAAUGCCUCCCAGGCAGCACAAUGAGUCAUUCUCAAACACACCUCAGACGCCACGCAUGGAGGACGCAGGGCUCACCGGUUCCACCUGACCUCAGAAGACGUUGGUGGGAAGGAGCUCGAAUGCGCCAGGAUCGCACCGCCGGGAAAGCCGAACUCGUUUGACCGCCUUGGGAAACAAGCCCUGGAUUUGGACACAGACCGCCUUCUGGAGGAGCCAAAGAGAAUGCCGGUGGUCAAAGUGGAGAAAGAUGCUCCGGCGGACGCAUCCUCGGCGGUUGCCGACCCUCCGGAGGAUCAGCCCCGAGGUCGACGCAGGAAAAGACCCCUGCAGCGAGGCAAGCCGCCCUACAGCUACAUCGCCCUGAUCUCCAUGGCCAUCGCCAACUCCCCGGACCGCAAGCUGACAUUGGGCGGCAUCUACAAGUUCAUCACGGAGCGCUUCCCCUUCUACCGGGACAACUCCAAGAAGUGGCAGAACUCCAUCCGUCACAACUUGACACUCAACGACUGCUUCAUCAAGAUCCCCCGGGAGCCGGGGCGCCCGGGGAAGGGCAACUAUUGGGCCUUGGACCCGAAUGCCGAGGACAUGUUUGAGAGCGGAAGUUUUCUGCGGCGCAGGAAGCGCUUCAAGCGAUGCGACCUGAGCACGUACGCCUCGUAUGCACACGAGAAUCCGGUUUUCGCGCCGGUCCAGAUCACCAGGUCGGCAGCUUACUCCAACGCCGUGUACCCUAACAUGACCCUGAGCCCGUCCUACGGGCAGCAGCUCCCCUCGUCCUACUACCCUUCCCCGUCACCGCCCGGCUUCGGCCCGGCUCAGACUCGCAUGUUCAGUAUCAACAACCUAAUCGGACCUCCGGGCGGCAUGCUGGGAGCGCAGGGGCCGGACGGAAUGCAGCAACCGGGCCGUAGCUUCACCCCCGAGGGGAUCCCCAACGGAUCCAGCCCCUGUAGCAUGGCACCGCCGGGUUUCCAGAACCAGACGUGCGGAGGGGCCGCCCCGCCCCGCUCCUCCAUGCACCCGGGUUUCGCCUAUUCCGGACCCAGCGGUCAACCGCACCACCACCACGCCACCCCCCAGGGCCUCUACGGACAAGGCCACGGCCAAGUGUACACCGCCGCCGGUCGCCUGGGCUCCUCAGGGGAGACGACGGACCCCUACGGCAGGGUCUCGCCAGUGCAGCUGGGGUCUUUCUCCCAGUACAACAGUGCCACCGCAGGGGGUUACCUGCGACACCCGUCCUAUACCGGGAACAUGGACAGAUUCUCGACAAGGACAUCAUCAUUCCGUGGCGUCCAAACUUACGAAUACAGGAAAUUGGAAGGACACGAUGGCCCCUUUCACAUUCCUCAUUUUUAAUUUAUUUGACAAGCCAAAACCAGUACAUUAGUGUCGGGAAAAGAUAUGCUAAGGAAUUGUAUCGGUGUAAGCAUUUAGAUGUUUCAAAAGCUAGAUGAUAACGCAAAAGUCAAAUAGUUUUGGGAGCUUUUAGGGAGAAGGUCGUAGAUUUUUGUAAAUCGAGACAAGCUCCAUCUCAAAGCAACGUAUGAGCAUUCUCACUUCUGCCUUUCCGACCAGCAUUGAAAGUGCAAUGCGGAUAAACGACACGGGGUCAUCUCAAAAAGUAAUGUUGUCACAGGCCCCCUAAAAACAGUCAGCUUACUGCAAAUGGCCCGCGGGCUGCAGUUUGGAUACCCGUAUCAUCAUUUCCAAUCAUAGCAAAGGUUUUCUGGUCUGAUGCCCUUCAAGAAGCCAUUUCCAGCAGUGGGCCGAGACUCGGAUCAUACCAAGACUUAUUCACCAGGAAGUACAUUUAUUUUCGGUUUUACUAUUCGCCCGAUACGUCUCAGUUUAAUGCCACUGACCGUGCCAGUCACAAAGAAUACUUUGGAAGACAUUAGCUGGGACUUGCUAACCCAACUCCCUUCCCACUCGAGUUGGAUGCGGUUUAACGUCACACUCCAGUACAUCUAUUGAGAGACACUUCUGUCACAUAUUUCUUUAUGCAUUCCUGAGGACACCGUGAUUUGUCAACUGAACCUGACAAACCCUUUUUUUUUUCCACGUUGGUCAUGGUGAGCCGGACGUAGAUAAUGGCCUCUUCGCGGCACGCAAGUGUAAAUAAUAGCGUCGUCAGCGCGUGAGCACCUCGAUGGACACGUUUUGAUUCCGUUUAAUCCUCAAGAGGUCCUUUGAAAUCGCUAACCACAAAUAUUGUGAAGUUUAGCUGCAUGCUUCGAAUGUUAAAAUGAAGUCAACAGACCAAAAUGAAAUCGUAACUUCAAGGACUCUACAUGGUUAUACGUGAAGAUGCUGCACACGUGUGCCGAGGCACAAGCAUCCCGUUAAAUUUGAUUCAACGGAAAAUGACGACCUGUUUUAAAACGACUUCAGCGUAUCUUGAAACAUUUACUGAGUGAAUUUGAUUAUCAUGUAGAAUGCGGACUUCUUAGAGAUAAGACGGAUGAAGUUAUGAAAUUGAAGAUGAAAACACAUGAUUUUCUUUUCAACACACAAAACAUCCAACAUUGAGAGUUUGAUCAUUGAAACGGUAAAAACUGCGUGAAAUUUUCGCUGCAUGCUUUGAAUGGUAGAAAACAUAUCGUCAGCUGGAGGACACAUUAAACACAGUCCAAAUUGAAAAUAUAAACCACUGCACUUGGAUAUCUUUUAUAAUAUAAAUGUGGGAUCAUAAAAAGCAUUUCCAAUGAUUUUUUUCUUUUUUGGUCAUAAAAAGUAAAUCUUUUUAUUUUUCCUGGUCUGGUGGGGUUUUUUUUUUUUUAGGUCCAGAAAUUACCAUUCUAGUUCUUUUAUAUUAAUACUCUGGCAAAUUGGAAUUAUACUUAUUGAAUACAACCUGCUAUGCAACACUGAUAGCCACACUCACUUCUUAUUACAGUCGGAAAACAUUAAAAGGGUGGACAUUUAUGCUGCAUGCUUUGAAUGUGGAAAAAUGGCGCCAUCAAGCAGACAAAUCAAAGGCAGUCGUCCAAAAAUCUUAAAACAAAGAAUGUCCUUCGCUUAAGCAAAGAUAAAUAUGUGGACAAAAUUUCAUUUUCAAAUGGGACUUUUUUUUAGGGGGUCUUUUUUUUUUUUUGCUUGGCUUUGCCAUUUUAGGCUAAUUUAAGGAACAGAAUAAUGAAUUCUAAACAUUUUUUUUCUUUUAAUGAAUAGAGCCUGGAAAAUACAACCUACAUUCAUUCAGCAAUUAAAAUGACUUGAAAGU